GAGCAUUCAAAUUAUUGAUGGUUUUAGUGCUCAAUGUUGGACUGGUCUUUGGUCCAAUUCCCAUAGCAAAUAAUGAAAACUGUGUCAGAUGAAUAGAGAGAGCAAACCUGCAUUGCAAACAGCAAUAUUUGGUUUCAUUCAUUCAGAGAGACAUUUCUAUUUUCCCUUGCAAAUUAGUGCCCCAUUUCCACCAAGGUCACACACAUGAUAGUCUUUGGUUCCUCUCCCAAUGCCUCUUUUUCCUUCUCUUUAUUCAUUCUGACCAACCUUUGGACUCUGUGACAGAGUGAAAUAAUAAACUAUAGUAAUGCAUCAAAAUUGCUUUUACUAAGUUCAAAUAUGCAAUCUUACAACACAUAAAACAAAAAGAAUGGCUAAGCCCAAGAUAAAGGGAUUAAACUAAGCACAUAGAAUAUUACACCACUUAACCACUUACUAUCUGCAGCUUCUUUUGAGAGCGAUUUCUCGUAAUAUUUUAUGUUCAAAACCUCACAGAUCCAACCCAUUUCACUAGAUUCUCCAUCUGUAAAGCUAGUUCAUUAAAGAGAGAAAGAAGGGUCAUGGAGAUUGUAUCCCUAGAGUAGCAAACUCAAAUCAAAUGAACCAAAUCAAGGUAAAGUAAACAAAAAACAGUUUCUUUUUUUCUUUUGUCUGGUUUUCUACAAUAUGUGCUACAUGGAUCAAAUUAGGUCAAGACUUUCUUGUUUCCAAUGUGGAUGCACACCCUUUUAGCUAUUCUUAUUCAAGUUCUUCCACAGUUGAAAGUGAGGGUCAGUUUCUGACUUAGGGAGGCCCACUGUUAAAAGAUGAUGAAAGUCUUUACUGUUGCAUUCAUCCGCUGCUUGAAAAAGAGUGUUUUGAUCCCAACCACAAAUUAAUUGCAACUGACUAAGCUCCAUAUCAAGAAUCCAGGACAACAUCAGUUUCUUUUCCUCAUUCUAAUCUGGUAAAUAUGGUUCUUGUCAACUGAAAACUACUGAAAUAUAACCAUUUUGUUACCUCCUUCAUUCCUCCUCCUUUCUCUGAGAAUGGAUGAAGAGAAAUCUCUUAAAGAGAUCUCAACUGUUGAUACUCAGUCUCUCACUAUCAAGAUUGCAAAUUCAGGCAGCACAAAACUGAGUAAGGACAUUUUCUCCACUGUUCUUCCGUCAAGUCAGCAGAAAUUGAUAGCAAAUUCAGCAACAUCAUCACCCUAUAACUCCCCUUCCCUCAUCUCUCCUCCAUCUUCUGCAUUUGUUUCAGCAUUACAAUCACCUUACAUUUCUCCAAGGGCCACUUUAGUUACAAAUCCAACUCAAGAAAACCAACCAAAAGAAGAAACUCCCAUUGCUCCUACCUCAGUUACUCACCCAUCCCCACCAGUCUCAUACUGCGGUUCGCAGUCUGAUGAUGUCCCGAGCACCUCCUACACUCCACCACCAGAAAGAUACGAUUAUUCCGAUGACCCCACCGACACAAAGCUCAAAAUUGUUACCUGUGUACCCAUUUCAGGACCGGAAACCGAUCCUCGGAUAUCCUUUUCUUUCCCUGUCCCUCGAAUUUCGUUUGCCAAAAGCUCCGUUUCGCCUGCUUCCAAUGCCAAACUUAGGAGCUGUGAUGUGUAUAUAGGAUUCCAUGGUCAGAACCCGAAUUUAUCGCGCUUCUGCAAGUGGCUCAAAUCAGAACUUGAGCUUCAGGGUAUUGCUUGUUUUAUUGCUGAUAGAGCAAAGUAUGCAGAUAAUCAGAGCCAUGAGAUUGCUGACCGGGUUAUAUGCUCAGUAACCUAUGGUGUCGUGGUUGUCACCGGUUGUAGCUUUUUCAACCAUCUUAGCUUGGAGGAAAUAAGAUUCUUCGCGCAAAAGAAGAACUUGCUUCCUUUAUUCUUUAACACGGAUGCCAAUGAAAUCGCAAGUCUUUUUAACAGGAAUCCCGAAGCAAAGAAAUGUAAAGAGGCACUGGAUAUAAUACUAAAGUGCCAUGAGUUUAGACUGGAAACAAAUGAGAGUAAUUGGAGAACCUGUGUGGAGAAAGCAGCUGGGAUAUUAAGGGCCAAGCUUGGCAGGAGAAGUGUUGUAGAAAAAAUUUCAGAAGGCUUUGAAGAGUUGCCUUUUCCGAGGAAUAAAAGCUUUGUGGGAAGAGAGAAAGAAAUUAUGGAAAUAGAGUCUACUCUUUUUGGUUCCUUUGAGCAAGAAAGUGUCCAGGGAGGAACACCAGGACAAUCUGAAGGUCUGGCUGAUGAUGAAAGUGAAGGAAAAUAUAUAAAUCUAGAGAUAGGAAAGAACAAGGAAACCAAUAAAGAAGCUUGGGUCGAACCAGGAAGAAAUUCAAUGAAGAGACCUAAGUACAGAAAAUCAAGAAGUGGGAAGGAUAAGAAUUUGGGUUUGAGUGUUGUAUGCAUAAAUGGCUUGCCUGGUGUUGGAAAGACAGAUCUUGCUUUGGAAUUCGCUUAUCGGUAUUCACAGAGAUACAGGAUGGUCUUGUGGGUAGGGGGAGAAGCUCGUUACUUUCGACAGAACAUAUUGAACUUGUCUCUAAAUUUGGGCUUGGAUGUGAGUGCAGAUGCAGAGAAGGAAAGAGGGAGGAUAAGGAGUUUCGAUGAGCAAGAAUCGGAAGCGUUCAAGAGAGUUAAAAGGGAGAUAUUCCGCGACAUGCCAUAUUUACUAAUCAUAGACAAUUUAGAGACUGAGAAGGAGUGGUGGGAAGGGAAGGAUCUUCAUGAUUUAAUACCAACUAACACUGGUGGUACUCAUGUCAUUAUCACAACACAACUCAACCGGGUAAUGAACUUUGAUCCCUUGCAGCUUCAGCCGUUGACAACGCCUGAUGCCAUGAUAUUGAUAAGGGGUAGACGUAAAAAGGAGUAUCCAGCUGGAGAGGUAGAAUUCCUUCAUAAGUUCGAUGAAAAAUUAGGAAGGUCUAGUUUUGGUCUGUGGGUGGUCGGGUCCCUUCUAUCGGAGCUUGCAAUUUUGCCAUCUGCUUUAUUCGAAGCUGUGAAUCAGGUUCCAGUUGAAGAAGCCACAAGUUGCUCUAAUCUGUCCAAUCCAUUUCUAAUGAAAACAUUGGUUUUCUGUACAGCCCUUUUGCAGCAAAGCAACAAUAGUAGGGACUCGCUUGCCUCAAGAAUGCUUCAGGUAGGAGCGUGGUUUGCUCCGGCACCCAUCUCGGUGAAUUUACUAUCAGCAGCUGCAAAGAAAAUACCUAUAAACAGAAACAGGAUCAAAAAGUGGACUAAGUGUAUGAAAGUUGCUCUAUGCUUCUACUCGGGUCAUUGCCUGACAAGCCAAACAUGGAAGAGUGAACAGGAAGCAGCAUUACUUCUAGUUAAACUCGGUUUGGCACGAAAAGCCAACAGGCCGACAGGUUGCUGGAUCCAAUUCCAUCCCAUCACACAGAUUUUCGCUAAAAGGAAAGAUGGACUAAUUGCUGCUAAAGCCAAUGUCCAAGGUGCAAGGAAACUUGGAAACCCGUUAACAGAUUCUGACCAUCUUUGGUCAUGUGCUUUCCUUGUUUUCGGUUUCAAAUCCGAACCACCAGUUGUUCAACUCAAGGCCAUGGACAUGGUUUUCUUCAUUAGAAAAACAGCUCUUCCUUUGGCAAUUAGCGCUUUCACAACGUUCUCAAGGUGCAACUCGGCCUUAGAACUCUUGAAGGUCUGCACAAACGUGCUCGAAGAAGCAGAAAAGUCAUUUGUUUCUCAAAUACAGGAUUGGUGCCACGGAUCUCUGUGCUGGAAAAAGAAGCUGCAAUCGAACCAAAGAGUGGACGAGUAUGUUUGGCAAGAUGUGACAUUGUUAAAAGCUACCUUGCUGGAAACUAGAGCAAAACUGCUACUAAGAGGAGGCCAUUUUGACAGCGGAGAGGAUCUCUGCAGAACCUGCAUUAGUAUCCGAACCGUAAUGCUGGGUCAUAACCAUGCUCAAACUUUGGCUGCCCAACAAAUAUUAGCCAAAUUAGUAAGGAUGAGGAGCAAAAUAUGAUCCCAAAACUCCGCAAAAAACCACUUUUUUGGUGGCUCAGUUUUGUUUACAGUGACCAUGUAAUUCAAUCUUUAGUUCAUGUAACAUAGAAAUCAUCCAUUAUCAAGUACUUUUCACCACAUCAGUUCAACUUAUACGAAAUGCAUAUCGCUUUCAGCAAAUUAUCGAUUUUGUUGAGCAAAUUUAAGUAUUUAACCAAUUGCACAUGAUCAACCUACAACAUUUGAAUAUCUUUCCUGCAAAUAGUACAUUGCAUGUUUUGUGUUUUUCUAGUGGGAUGAACCCAUGUACCAUGACAUUUGGUUCAUUCAUUUACUACACAUCAGUUCAAUCUCAUUAGACCAUUAAAAAGAUUGUCUUUUUAGUUUAUCUCACAACCAAGAAAAGCUUAUCUUGGAAGGCAAAAGG